UGCUCUACCUGCAUCCUGCCGGAUCGAGAAAAGCUCAGGGAAAAUGCCGCCGCUUUCAACUGAAGUAAGUCCUCUACUCACGAAGGACGUCACUGAAACACUGGCAAGGCAAGGUGUAAAAACCGGUAAGACCAAGCGAAGUGGGUGGGGCUCAGGCGGCUGCUCGUACAUUCGCACACUACACCAGCUUUAUUCCAGUGGCAGAAUACGUUCGUAGAGAGCUGGUGCCUCUCUCGCGAACGAGUGGUCUGCCGUACAAGCUGCUGAUUGCCGUUCGGCAGUGUCUCCUGGCGCAGUUUGCCCCUACACCCACCACUGCAGCCGACAUAUGGAGAGAUCUUGGGGACACCACUGCCCUUCUUCCGACUGUCUGGACACUCUGUUGGGAGGAGGGGUGAUGACAGGGGAACUAACUGAGCUAACUGGAGUCCCUGCCUCUGGCAAGACACAGUUGUGUCACAGUCUGGCAGUGGCUGGGGUACUCCACUCCAACUCCACAGUCCUGUGGGUGGACUCCACCGGAGGAUUCAGCGCCACGAGACUCCACUCCGUCCUCACCAACACCCCACCUUCUGGACAGGCAAGUGAGAGGAUGUUGGAGAGGAUCAAAGUACACAGGCUCUUCAACCUGUUUGACCUGAUGAACCUCCUGGAGGCCACGUCAAAACAGGUUUCCAACCAGACUGACUGGUUCCAUGCCAACCUCCACCUGGUUCUGAUUGACUCGGUCACUCCUCUCCUCUCUCCCCUCCUCGGAGGUCACGGAGGUCAGGGACACGCCCUCUUGUCCUGUCUCGCCGCCCUGCUUCGCUCCAUUGCCCAUGAACACUCCAUUGCAGUUGUGUACACUAACAAUACAGUGUCAGAUAUGACUAAAAGCGAAGGUGUGAAGCCGUCACUUGGACAGACCUGGGCCUGUGUGCCCCACACACGUGUGUCUCUCUCGCCACCCUCUCACUCUGCUGCCAGCUGGCCACACCACCCUCAGCCACCGUCCUCGCCUCAGGUGGUGGAGUCUGGUGAGAGAGUUGCAAAACUCACCAAAUCCAGUCGACUGGCUGUUGAUGUAUGCACGUCGUGUGUGAUUACUGACAGAGCGUCGUUUCAAACUCAUCCUACUCGACCAAACUUUACCGUGGUAUACAAAAUAUAAUAAUGUGAUGAUAAUUAAAAAAUUGAGAGUUAUGAAGAGUUAAUGCUAGAGAAUGGAACAGUAGUUCAAGUAAUUUGGUGCGGGCGGUGGAUCAACUGAAGACCCUUCCAGAGAGGGGGUCGGAUGUUUUCUUCUCGACUUGGCAAGUUCCGCUGCCGUGUCAGCGAGAAGCCGUGCCGUUCUUGCAUUCUCCUCUGCAAUGGCGGCAAACUCUUCGAGCUGGGAGACACUGAUGUCCUCGAGUCC